UGUUUUGAUAUUGAAGCGCGCUUCCGAUUUGGUUUGAAAAUGGAACGAUAUUGCCGGAUUUGUAUGCGGAACGACCUGGACCAGGAUGAGAUGGUUUCGUUAUUUUGUGAGCGAAAAGGUGAAGUCGUUGCCAAUAUGAUCAUAGAUUGCGCUGAUGUGAUGGUUUCGCACGACGACAACCUGCCCGAUUAUGUGUGUCCAGAUUGUCUCGAACGAUUGGUGGAUGCAUUUACUUUACGAAAACUGAUCCGCGAGUCGGAGGGUGCUCUGCAAUCGUUAGCUAUUCAAAUGAAGGCAGAAAACGCUGGAGAAAUCCCGGAAGAUCCUUUGCAAAUGGAAAGGGUGCAAAUCAUCAGUGAGCAAUCGAUUGCGAAAGGGUCUGCUGCCAGUGUGGGUAAAAGUACAACAUAUCCCACAACAGAUCAGAUUGAAAGCGUCGAGACAUUUGAAACUUAUAAAGUGAUUCGACUACGUGGGGUUCGGUGCUGCGGUUGUCAGGAGAUUCUGUCAUCGAAAAAUGAUUUGGUCGAGCACAGCCAUCAGGAACACUCACAUCGUGCGGCUUCCAACAGUAGGGAUCAGGCGGUGUUUCAAUGUCCAACAUGCUUUGAACGGUUCCAGAACAGAAUGAAGCUGUUGAACCACACAAAGAAUUACGAAUCGAAUGAAAUCUAUCAUUGCACCGUGUGUGAUAUUUUAUUCGAUAUAAAAUACCGUCUGUUACAACAUCAGAACCUAAGCAAAGCACAUCAAGUUGUCGCGGUCGAUGGAACGUUCACUGAUCACCCGGAUGAAGGCAGCUCUAAGAUAGUGCCGAAGGAAAAGAAACGCAAUCAGUCGAGGAAACGCGUAGGUAAGGAACUCACCUAUCCCGAUGCCGAAUUCAUUCUUUGCAUCGACGAAACACAAGAAUACCAGGUAAUCCAUUUGGGAGGAGAACGCUGCUGUGGAUGCGAUAUGAUGUUCCAUAGCUACCAGGAUUUGAUAGACCAUUGCAGUGAAAUACAUCCGCGAAAAGAUGGCGAAGAUGCUACCUAUGAGUGCAUUCUAUGCUUCGAAAAGUUUGAUCAAGUACAAUCAUACAAUCGUCACAGAUCAGCUCGAGUACAGAGAGAGAUCUACUACUGCAAAUUUUGUGAUGUGGUGAUCGACAUAAAGUUCCGAUUUGACCAACACUUGAAAACUAGCGUCGCUCAUCAAGCUGCUGUUGAGAAAGCUGGUAUAACAUCAAUCUUUCCCAAGGAAGAAAAACCGGUUAACGAACUUCGAACGUUGGAAAAUCAUAUUGAAGUCUUGGAGAUAGAUGGCAUACGUUGCUGUGGUUGUGAGUUUGUGUGCAACAGCAGACAAGAACUAGAGGAUCAUUCAGAAGAGAGACAUGGGUUCGAAAAAGAUAAAUCGAACAACAGUAAGGACUUUGAAUGCGAUAUCUGUUUCAAAUGUUUCUCAAACCUUGGCCUGUUUACAUGUCAUAGGAAUCUUGCUCUGCAAAGAACAGUCUACAGAUGUAAAUACUGCGAUAUGCAGUCCGAAAUUAAAUAUCGGAUUCUGCAACAUGUGGCGGGAAGUGCUCAUCAAAUUGAAGACCAAAAGGAACCCAUCUCUGAAGCUGAGCCAAAGAUCUACAAUUGCUGUUUUGUAAAGUGUGCGAUCACGUUUGAAGAUCCGAAUGAUCUGUUGGAUCACGUGGAAGAGCACCAUGCUUCAAAGCGACGUGAGAAUGCUCAGGAACGAGAAUCAAAUGCCUUUAUAUGCUAUGUGUGUCACAAAAGUUUUAAAAAUGAGCGUUCAUUGCAAAGCCACCAGUUUCCUAAGAAGACCGAAACUCAGAACGUAUGUUCGACAUGUGGUGCAAGCUUCCUUUAUUUGUCGGCAUUAAUCAAUCACGAAAAGAUGCACACCGGAAUAAAAGAAUACCAGUGUGAUAUAUGCGACAAGGCGUUUUUCGACGAGCGGGCCUUACGGGUGCACAAAGUGUGCCACAAUGAAGAGCGACCGUAUGUGUGCGAUGUUUGUUCAAAAUCGUUUCUUCGGAAGGGUAAUUUGAGAGUCCACAAGCGUUGCCACUCGGAAAGCAUAUGGGACUGUCCGCAUUGUUCAGGGAAAUAUAAAACGAAACAGUCUCUAACGCUUCACAUCCGAAGUCAUACAGGGGAGAAACCGUUCGAGUGUCGAUACUGUACUAAUCGAUAUAGCCACUCGACUGACCGGAACCGACAUGAAAUGGCCGCACAUACCAAGGUGCGUCCGCACAAGUGUCCUCACUGUGAUAUGACGUUUAUCCGGAAGCGACAACUUACGCUGCACGAACGCAUCCACACGGGAGAACGGCCCUACACGUGUCACAUUUGUGACCGGACGUUCGUUCAGUCAACUUACCUGAAGAAGCAUUUGGCAACCCACGAGAAGCAUGGGACACACAUAAAGGAAACGGAAUACAUGAUCAAAGUCUUACCGGAGGAGAGCGAGACGAACUAUGAAGUUGUGGAGAUGCUCGAGGACGAAGCGGAUUUCGAAGACGAGCAAAACUAUGAUGAGGAAGAUAAUAUGUAACACUUGUUAUGAGAUUGGUUACUUUCGAUACCUACUAC